AUGGUCGUCGACACCGCGUAUUACGACACGCUGGGCGUGAAGCCCGCCGCCACCGAUAUCGAGAUCAAGAAGGCUUACAGAAAGUUGGCCAUCGUUCACCACCCAGACAAGAACCCCAACGACCCCACCGCCCACGAAAAGUUCCAGGAGAUCGGAGAAGCCUACCAAGUCCUGUCCGACAAGGACCUCAGAGCCGCCUACGACAAGUAUGGCAAGGACCACGCCAAACCACAGGAGGGUUUCGCCGACCCCGCCGAGUUCUUCACCUCCAUCUUCGGCGGCGACGCCUUCGUCGACUGGAUCGGUGAGAUCAGCCUGAUGAAGGACCUGACCGCAACGAUGGACAUCACGAUGCAGGAGGGCGAGGAGGGCGCCGAGGGUGCUGAGGCCGCCGAUGGCGAGUUCCCCGGCACCGAGGAUGCUAAGAAGGAGAGCAUGAAGACCGCCGCCGACGGCGAAAAGACCGACGCACAAAAGGCCACCGCCAGCGGCACCACUCCCGCUGCCCCUGCCGCUGCCGCGCCUGCUGCCGGCGCCGCCGCACCACCUCCCGCCGUUGUCGUCGAGGACGAGAAGGAGCGCCUCAAGGCCCGUGACGCUGCCGAGGCCGCUGCCGCCUCGUCUGGCACUGCCGAUGCACCCCCGCCCGCCUACCAAAGAGAACCCUCGCCCAGUCCUUCUGGCACCUCCGCCUCGAAACGCACACAAAUCCCCCUCCGGCCCGCUCUGAUGGAUCGUCCCUCCGAGGAGGUCGCUGGUGUCGAGACCGAAGAGUCGUUGCGCAAGAAGGAGAAGAAGAAGGGCCUGACUAAGGAGCAGCGCGAUCAGCUCGCCGCCUACGACAAGGAGCGCGCCCGCGUGCGUCAGGAGCGAGUCGACACCCUCGCUCGCAAGCUUCUCGACAGAAUCAGCGUAUGGACCGAGACUGACAAGGGCCCCGACGUCACCAAGUCCUUCCAAGAGAAGACGCGCCUCGAGGUCGAAAACAUGAAGAUGGAGUCCUUCGGUCUCGACAUCCUCCACGCCAUCGGCCAGACUUAUGUCGCCAAGGCCUCCGCCCUUCUGAAAAGCCAAAAGUUCCUCGGCAUCGGCGGCUUCUUCAGCCGAGUCAAGGACAAGGGCACUAUUGUCAAGGAGACUUGGAACACCAUCAGCAGCGCCAUUGACGCUCAGCAGACCAUCGAGGAGAUGGCCCGUAUGGAGGAGAAGGGCGGCGCCGAGUGGUCCGACGAGGCCAAGGCCGAGUAUGAGAGGCGGGUCACCGGCAAGAUUCUGACGGCAGCGUGGCGCGGCAGCAAGUUCGAGAUCCAGAGCGUCUUGCGCGAGGUCUGCGACGCCGUGCUCAACGAUAAGAAGGUGCCGCUUUCCAAGCGUCUGGAGCGCGCCCAGGCGCUCAUGCUGAUUGGCGAGAUCUUCUCCGCCGCGCAGCGCUCGCCCGAGGAGGAGGGCGACUACCUCGUCUUCGAGCAGCUCGUCGCGGAGGCGGCCAUCAAGAAGGAGAAGAAGAAGGGCAAGAAGCACGAGCACGCCGCGGCGGCAGAGGUGGCCGAGGACGCGCCGAACGUUCCCAAGCCUGAGAAGUCGUAG